UUGUCCGGUCCUGCCCAGGGACCCCUGCAUCCAGCCUCGGCACCAGGGAGUCCCGGGCCAAUUACUCUUGGCUCCUCAACUAGCUGCGUUACUUCCAGUGGCUUAUGGGGUACAAUCCUACCCAGCUCCGCUGAGAUGAUCCUGGCCUCUCCCUCCACCCCGUCCAGGGGACGGACCCCCAGCGCAGCGGAGAGGCUGGAGGCCGACAAAGCCAAGUACGUCAAGACACACCAAGUGAUAGCACGACGCCAGGAGCCAGCUCUGCGUGGGGGUCCCGGACCGCUCACCCCGCACCCCUGCAAUGAGCUGGGGGCCCCUGCAUCGCCCAGGACGCCCAGGCCUGCCCGCCGGAGCAGUGGCCGGCGGCUGCCAAGGCCUGACUCCCUCAUCUUCUACCGCCAGAAGCGGGACUGCAAGGCUUCUGUGAACAAAGAGAACGCCAAGGGCCAGGGGCUGGUGCGGCGCCUCUUCCUGGGGGCCCCCCGAGACGCCACCUCGAGCAGUCCGGGCCCAACCGAGCGACCAGCGGCUCCUGGAGUUUGGGCCGCGCCCCAAGAUGCCCCGGAAGCAGCAGGAAAGCGGGCGCUGUGCCCCACCUGCUCACUACCCCUGUCGGAGAAGGAGCGCUUCUUCAACUACUGCGGCCUGGAGCGCGCGCUGGUGGAGGUGCUGGGCGCUGAGCGCUUCUCUCCGCAGAGCUGGGGCGCCGACGCCAGCUCCCAGCCCGGAACGUCGCCGCCGCUCGGCUCUGGGGACACCAGCGACUGGACGUCCAGCAACGGCGACACGGAACGCCCGGACGGUGCUGGCGGCGGCGGCGGCGGCGGCGGCUCAGAGGCGGCGGGCUCGGCGCGGGACGGGCGCCCCCCGGUGUCGGUGGUGGAGCGCAACGCGCGCGUCAUCCAGUGGUUGUACGGCUGCCAGCGCGCCCGCGGCCCGCCGCGCGAGUCCGAGGUGUGAUUGCGGCCGCUCGGGAGCGGGCUCCGGGGAGGCCCGGCUCCGGGGCCCGGGGAGGGCUAAGGGGUGGGCGCAGGGCUGGGCCCGGGCACGGGCAGGGACGCCCUGCCUCUGACGCGCCGGGUGCCUUUAGGCGAGCCCUUCCCUCUGGAUUCUUGGUUUCCCCCUGUGAACCUUGGGAGGAUGGGACAAAAGGAUUCCGAAGGCCCUUCCCAGAGCCGACGACGGAGGGGGAGGGGGCAGCUACGUGGCCCCUGUGGAGGCCGGGUCUGGGGAGAGAAGCCUGGGGUGGGAGGUCAGAGAACCUGAUGAAUAAAACCAAAACGUUAUUUAAA